UGCGCAGAGCCGGCCUCGGCGCGUGCUCGGCGCCGGGCGGCGGUGACCGAGGGAGGCGCGCAGGAGCCCAUCCGCGCGGCCGCCGAGCUUGAGGGGGGCUGGGGGCGGCAGUGCUCCCAGCCGGAGGGGCUCCAGCCCGGCGGCGGCGGCGGCGCCCGCGGCCCCUGAGGGAAUUAAGGACGAGGCCGCGAGGCGACGACGCGGCGCGGCCCCCUCCCGCGGCCGCGCCCGGAGUAAGGCAAAAGACAAUGAAAGAAGUAGAUAAUCUUGAAAGUAUAAAGGAAGAAUGGGUUUGUGAAACAGGAUCUGACCACCAACCUCUUAGUGAUAAUCAACAAACAAAUUGUGAAUAUUUUGUUGACAGCCUUUUUGAGGAAGCUCAGAAGGUUGGUGCCAAAUGUUUGUCUCCCACUGAACAAAAGAAACAGGUGGAUGUAAGUAUAAAAUUAUGGAAAAAUGGAUUUACGGUCAAUGAUGAUUUUAGAAGUUAUUCUGAUGGUGCAAGUCAGCAGUUUCUGAACUGCAUCAAAAAAGGGGAAUUACCUUUAGAGUUACAGGGAGUUUUUGAUAAAGAGGAGGUGGAUGUUAAAGUUGAAGAUAAGAAAGAUGAAGUGUGUAUGUCAACAAAGCCUGUGUUCCAGCCCUUCUCAGGACAGGGUCACAGACUGGGAAGUGCUACACCAAAAAUUGUUUCUAAAGCAAAGAGUAUUGAAGUUGAGAAUAAAAAUAAGUUGUCUGCUGUCCCACUAAACAAUCUGGAACCCAUCACUAAUAUACAGAUCUGGUUAGCCAAUGGGCAAAGGAUUGUCCAGAAAUUUAACAUUUCUCAUAGGAUAAGCCACAUCAAAGACUUCAUCGAAAAAUACCAAGGAUCUCAGAGAAGUCCUCCCUUUUCCCUGGCAACAGCUCUUCCUUUCCUCAAAUUGCUAGAUGAAACACUCACACUGGAAGAAGCCGAUUUACAGAAUGCUGUAAUCAUUCAGAGACUCAAAAAAACCGCUGAACCUUUUAAAGAACUUUCAUAACAUUGAUUUUUGAUACACUAAGUGGGAAGUUUCCAGAAAAACGAUGGUCAUAAGUAGACAUGCAAACCAAAAUGGGGGAAAGUCAGAUUUGCUGAGCUUUGAACUAUUUAACUCCUUUCUGGUGAGAAGAUUUUAAAAUAAGUAACAGGAAAGUGUAAACUAUGAAUGGAAACUAUAUUCAAUGAACUUUUCCAGAAGGCUACUCAGAAAGAAAAAUAUACUUAUUUUCAAAUACCAGUUAUGCAACAUAAGAUAUAUUAAAUAACUAUAUCAUUUAAAAUCUUAAUAUGAUAUAAAUUAGCAAAUAUGUUCACAGCAUCUUUCAUUUAAACAUCAUUUCCAGACAUCAGUGAUUCGUUUAAAUGUUAGCUGUCUCCGAUUUUUAAAAUAGCAAUACAUUAAAAAAUUGUACAUGGCAGGUUAAAAACAUCAACAUAAUUUUUUUAUAUCUGAGAUAACAGUCAAAAGGCUGGAAGGAACUGCUUUCACCACAGUUAUGCUUAAACCUCAGAAGUGUUCCCAGUUUGCAUUGUCUGAUGGCAAGAUAAACGCUCAAAUAUUAAUUUGGCAGCAGUAUCUGGGAUGUAUUUUCAUUUAAGAAUAAAAUUGUGUAGCUUAGUAUAGUGUCAGUAUCAAUCUGCCGAUUCACAUUUCAACAUUUUCAGAACAUGUAAAUUUAAAACAAUUCUUUCUUCUCUCGGAAUCCCAGUUUAUCCCCUACUUUAUUUUCUUUCAAAAAUUAAGGGAUUGUUCUUAGCUAACAUUUGGAGUGAGCCAUUUGUUUGCUACCACUCACGUAGACGCUAAUGCUAGUGGUGUCACAUUACUAAUUAACAUUUUUUAAAUGCGUCAUAUAAAGUUAUGGUUUUCUAUUUCAUACACCAGACAGCCUAUUUAUAUAUUAUAGGGUUAUUUAUUACAUUCUAAUGUCACUAAGGAAAACAUGCUAGAUUUUUAACUAAAACUGGUUAGACUUCAGUAUUUCACUGUCAGAUUAAAUCCCCUUGCCUCAAAAUAAGUUUAAGAAGCUUUUUGCAGAUGACAUAUUGAAUCAUAUUUAAAGUGAAAUAUACAUUGAGUGUGCCAAGGAACUAAGUGGCCAUGCCAGUCAGCAGUAACGUUCAUAGGGUGCUGGACGUCUGCUGGGAAGAGCAGUUCUCAAACUUUUUGGUCUCAAGGCUUUUUGUUUAUGUGGGUUAUAUAUAUUAAUAUUUAAAAUAAAAAGUUAUAAAAUAUUCAUUAAAAUAAUAAACAUGUGUUAAUAUAAAGAACAUUUUAAUGAAAAAUGUCUAUUUUCCAAAAUGUAAAAAGAUUUAGUGAGAAAUGUAGCAUUGUAUUUCAUUUUUUGCAAAUAUCUUUACUGUCUGGUGUAAGGAAGACAGAUGGAAUCUCAUCUGCUUCUACAUUCAGUCUGUUGCUGUAUCACACAUCAUGUAGCCUAUAGUAAAUGCUGCUGUACAUUCAUGAGAAAGUGGAAAACAAAUAACAUCUUAGUAUAAUUAUGAAAAUAGUUUUGACCUCACAGACCCCUUGAAAGAACUAAUCUUUUAAAGCAAUGAUUUGCAGUGAUUCUCAAGCCCUAAUGUGUAAGGAUCACUUGGGAAGCUUUUCAGCAUGCCUGUUACCUGCCACAUACCGCACACAUUUUAGCAGUUCAUUAUAUCUGGGAUGGGUUCCAGAUCUCUGCAUUUUUAAUCUCAAGUAAUUCUUAGGUAUGUAGUAGGAGAACCAGUCUUCAGGAAAUCCUGCACUAAGCUUUCACCCCAAGAAAAUAAAACCUGCGUGCUUCCCCAUGGACAGUGCAAGACUUGACUAAAAUAGCACUAAGACUUUUGUAUUUAUCCUAGUCCCCCACCACUUAACUCUGAACUAAUCAUGAGGUAAACCUAUGCUUUAUAUUCUGUAAGCACAGCUGAGACAAGGCUGCAACAUUUAAAUGAGGUUUUCGUUAAAGGCUCAGGGAUAGCAAAAGGGAAAUAUACACAUGACCUGGUUUAUAAAAUAUAUCUUCUGUUUGAAGCUUUAAGAAUGCUUCCUUUUCUAGUUCUUAGCCUUCCACAUGGCAGAGGUCUAUCUGUGUAUCAGGAAGAAAGGGAGAACAAAGGAGAGCCUUUUCCUUUUGUCACUUACCUUAAGAAAUGAACAGAUAUAUAAUAGAAAAUAUUUAUUGUAGGUAAUGUUUACGGCUAUGGUAGAGCCCUCUAGUGAAACAAAAAUAAUGACAUUCUUAAAAAAAUGAGGGGAUGGUAAAAUCAGAGAUAACGAUGAUUGUUAAUUUUCAAGAAUCUGUAAGAAAAUGUUUCAUAUAGGCCUAUCAUGCAGCAUUUUAUAAUUUUUAUUUGCAUAAAUAUAAGUCAAUUUGUAAUUCUCCAUAUAUUCUGUAAAGGGGCUUCUUGUUGGAAAUAUUUUUCUUGUACAUAUAGAAAAGCCUCUUUUGUGGAUUUUCCAGUUUAUAGUAAUUAUUAACCAGAAGACACAUUAGAGGUUUUCUUGUGUGUACAUGUAGGAUAUACCCCAAUGAGAAGUUCUAUAAAGACCUGUCAUCAGCAAUAACCCUCAUGUUUAUAACUGUGAAAAUUAACGUAGAUUAUAUUCUUAAAGGUUUUCUAAAGUGAGAACCAUCUGAUAAAGCUUUUUACAUUAAAGUUUAAAAUUUUGAAGUCAUUAAUUAAAUGUGUAGAAUAUCCAAAACAUGUUGACUUUAGAAAACAAGCUGAAUUUAGCAAGGGAAGGCAAACUUGAAAAUAAGCCAGCAUCUUAGAUGUGGAAUACAAUUUGACCUAAGUAGUUAUUUCAAAACUGGCAUCAGUCAGUUUAAAACCAUUGUUGGGGCUGAUACAUAGAAGUGCAUAUCUAAUUUUACAGAUUCUGGUUUAUUGGUUAAAUUACUAUGCAUUAUGCAGGUUUUAAAGGUGAUCUUAUUUAUUUUAUGUACUUCUGUCAUUCAGAGUACUUUUCAUUAUACUUGGUUGUGUUGAAAUUACGUGUGCAUCUGUUUCAGUGCCUUAAAGUAUUUCGAAAGCAAUCUUAAAGAACUAUUGUCUUAAAGAUGAAACACUGUU